AUGUCUGACUUUCUCUCUUCGCUCACCGAAAAGGCGCAGUCUGCACUCAAGUCUGCCGGGCUGACCGGCCAGUCUGACGGUGACAAUGGCCAGGGUGGUGUCUUGAAGUCGCAUGCGGUUGUGUCUAUGCACCACCAGCUGCGCACCCUUCAGCAGCAGUACUCGAGCUCUGUGACCCCUGUCCAGAAGAUCAUCACAACACAGAAAGGGAUCGCGCUCGAUCUCGACGGCCUCUCUAACGAUUUGCAGGCACACAGCAAGGAGCUGUAUACCUGGAGCCAGCACGAGGAGCCUGAUGUCAAAGAUGUCACCGACCGUCUCGCGUGGGUCAACUAUAUCGAAAGCACGCUGGCGCGUGCUCUCGCGACGAAGAUCGAUGCAUCCCGCGCUCCGUUCAAGGCACUACGAGACGCGGAGAAUACGCUGGGCGGAAGGAGGAAUAUCCGCGUUACCCUCCAUAACCAGAUCGUUCGGAUCGAGCAUGAUCAACAGCGAGGCACUGAGCAGAGGCUCGCAGAAUUAAAGCAACAACUCCAUCAAGCGGAGACGAAUGAUGAGCCGCUCGAAAGAGAGGUCCAGUUGUUGAAAAGGAAGGCUGUCAGAGAUAGCGAGCACAUCAAAUGGCAGGCUACGAGAGAGUAUGCAGAGAAACUGCUGCUCCUCUCACAGGCUUCGUCUGCGUUGCUGGCUGCUCUGCCAUCGGUGCCCUCUGCUGACAAACAAUACCAUGGUGCAGAGACCACAGCAUCUGUACGGGCAAGCCUACAGCAUGCUCUGGACAACUAUAAGCCGGGCGACAUCACACUCCCUCUGCAGCCAUCGCGUCCUGGUGACCUGAGCAGAUCAGACACCCGCAGCUUUGGGGAGACGCACGCAAAGGAGCUCUCAAGCAUUAGUCCUGCGGGAACUCCCGUCGAACCUAGCAUUCCGGUGACCCCACCCCCGACUGCUGCUGGGCUGCCUCCCACGUCGUCGCGUACGUCGAGUUCGCCUGUUCCCUCUUCGACCUCACCCGGCAUAGAGAGUUCUCCGACCUUGCCUCCUCGCGGUCCUUCCAACCUCCAGGCAUCCUCUCCGUCAGUGGUGACGGCAUCGCCCCCGCUGAACCCAGCAGCACUUAAUCAAGCGCCUGCUCCAAUUCCCCUCCCCACUUCGUCACCAUCGUCCGUCGUCGCACCGGACCCCGGUGACCCCACCGUCAAGAUUCCAUCCAUAACGCCCACCGUCGCAGAGACAGGCGUGCCCCUGUCCGCAGGAUCUGGGGGACCGGGUCCUGCGAGUGGCUCGCUGCUCGACCACAGGUCCACCUCUCCGAUUGUGAAGAGCCCAGCUUAUGGGCAGGACUACAAGGACCCGUCUGGAGGAAGCGGGCUUCCGAGAUACGGGGGCGGACCGACAGGCAGCGCGGCCCCUCAGCCUGAGAAGUAUGAGUCUGCGGCAGAAGAGAAGAAACGGCUGGAGAGGGAGGAGAGAGAGAAAUUGCUGGCGUCGGGCGGAGGGGACGCGCAACCGCCAAAAGACGACGAUCUUCCGCCGUACCAGGAGUUCUAA